CGCGAGCGCGCUGAGCAGAGAGCGGGAGAAAGAGUCCUCGCCCGCCGGCCAGGAGGCCCCGGAGCCGGCCCAUGGGGAGAGGACGCCCGGUGUCGGCCACCACGACCGCCGCCGCCCGCGCCGCGCCGGGCCCGUGAAGCCCAGGGACCCCCUCUGGGAGAGCCCCAUGAGGGCAGGAGAGUGAUGGAGGGUCCGCCCAGCUUCCUGAAGGACAGCCCAGCCUGGGAGAAGACAGCCCCUGAGAAUGGGAUCGCAGGACGGGAUCUAGACACCCCACCACGAGAUGGCCUGCGCCCUGCGGCACUGUGCCUGGGAGAGCCUGCUCCCUUCUGGAGGGGUGUCCUGAGCACCCCAGGCUCCUGGCUGCCCCCUGGCUUCCCGCAGAGCCCCAAGGACACGCUCCCUCUGGUGGAGGGUGAAGGUCCCCGGAAUGGAGAGAGGAAGGCUGGCUGGCCAAGCAGCAAGGAUGGGCUGCGCUGGAAGGAGGCGAUGCUUACCCAUCCACUGGCAUUCUGUGGCUCACCGUGCCCGCCUCGCUACAGCCCCCUGGUUCCUGAGCAUAAUGGUGGCCAUCCCAAGAGUGACCCUGUGGCCUUCCGACCCUUGCACUGCCCCUUCCUUCUGGAGACCAAGAUCCUGGAGCGAGCUCCCUUCUGGAUGCCCACCUGCUUGCCACCCUACCUAGUGUCCAGCCUGCCCCCAGAGCAUCCAUGUGACUGGCCCUUGGCCCCACACCCCUGGGUGUACUCCGGGGGCCAGCCCAAAGUGCCCUCCGCCUUCAGCUUAGGCAGCAAGGGCUUUUACCACAAGGAUCCAAGCAUACUCAGGCUGGCAAAGGACCCAUUGGCAACUGUGGAACCUGGGCUGCUGGGCUCAGCCCCUGGUGGGCAUCUCCAGAGAACUGGGGAGGUGGAACACCCUUCUCUCCACCAGAGGGAAGGAGAGACAGGAGUUGGCAGGCAUCCGAACCUUUGUCCCCUUCUCCUGGGACAUCCAGACACUCUGGCCCGGACCCCGUGGCCCACUUGUUCCCCAGGCCUGGUUCAUACUCUUGGCAAUGUUUGGGCUGUCCCUGGAGGUGGGAGCCUUGGGUACCAGCUGGGGCCAUCAGCCACAACAAGGUGCCCAUCUCCUGGACCUCAUACCACCCAGGCAAGCUGUUGCUCAUCUCACCCACCAGCUAGAGAUGACCCUUGUGGGCAGUGCCAGGAGGACCUGGAGGGGGCCACCAGUGAGCCCAGUGAAUCCAGCGAGGAAGCCUAUAAGACCCCUGGUCCCAGGGCCUGCCCGCCCAGCCAUCACACCAAGCUGAAGAAGACGUGGCUCACUCGACACUCUGAGCAGUUUGGGUGCCCAGACAGCUGCCCUGGGGAGGAGGAGAGCCCGGCAGCCCAGCUGCCAGCCCGCAAGAGGUCAAGCAGCCCCGAGGUCCAGGGAACCGCGAGCAGCCCAGCUGCCAAGCGCCCGACCGGUCCUCUCCCGGGCAGUGUGGGUCAGGGGGCCAGAGGCCGGCAGGAAGUGCUGGACUCAUUAUUUGGGAACAAGGUGGAGACAGAACAGCGUGAUGACCACAGAGGACCCCGGGACGACGGGGCCAGCCUGCAGGCCCCAGGGCCCCAGGAUACACCUGGCGUGCCUCCUGUGGCAGGCAUCACUCAGUGCCAAGGCUGUGCCCAGGCAGCUGGCGAGACGGGAGGGCCUGCCCGCUACUCCCAGCCACUGUCCAGAUUGCCGCUGGGAGGGGAGCAGCCACAGGAGGAGGACUCGGCAGCCAGCUCCGAGGAGGGAGGAGGGUCUGGCCCGGAGGCUGGGCUCAGCGUGGGCCUCGCCAAGCACCUGCUCAGCGCACUGGGAGACCGACUGUGCCGUGUUCUGAGAAGGGAGCGGGAGGCCCUGGUCUGGGCGCACCAGGAAGCAGGCCAGGCACCAGUCGGGACUGAGGACGCCCCAAGCCUUCCACGCUGCUGCAGCCACUGCCACCACGGACUGUUCAAUACCCACUGGCGAUGCCCUCACUGCAGCCACCGGCUGUGUGUGGCCUGUGGUCGCAUGGCAGGUGCUGGGAGGACCAGGGAGAAAGCAGGCUCUCAGGGACAGUCCACAGAGAAGUGUGGCCAGGAAGCUGGGCACAGUGCCGGUUCCCUGAUGCUCACCCAGUUUGUCUCCAGUCAGGCUUUGGCAGAAUUAAGCGCUGCAAUGCACCAGGUCUGGGUCAAGUUUGACAUCCGGGGGCACUGCCCCUGCCAAGCUGAUGCCCGAGUGUGGACUGCUGGGGAUGGAAGCCUGCAGAAGGAGCCAACGGAGAAAACUCCCCCAACUCCACAACCUUCCUGCAAUGGGGAUACCAACAGGAUCAAGGACAUUAAAGAGGAGACCCCAGACUCCACAGAGACCCCGGCAGAAGACCGUGCCAGCCGAGGGCCCCUGCCUUGUCCCUCUCUGUGUGAACUGCUUGCCUCCACUGCUGUCAAACUCUGCCUGGGGCAUGAACGGAUACACAUGGCCUUUGCCCCUGUCACUCCGGCCCUGCCCAGCGACGACCGCAUCACCAACAUCCUGGACAGCAUCAUUGCGCAGGUCGUGGAGCGGAAGAUCCAGGAAAAAGCCCUGGGGCCGGGGCUGCGGGCAGGGCCGGGAAUGCGGGCCGGGCCGGGCCUGCGCAAGGGCCUGGGCCUGCCCCUCUCCCCCGUUCGGCCCCGGCUGCCUCCCCCUGGAGCUCUGCUGUGGCUGCAGGAGCCCAGGCCUCAGCGAGGCUUCCACCUCUUCCAGGAGCACUGGAGGCAGGGCCAGCCUGUGCUGGUGUCAGGAAUUCAGAGGACACUUCAGGGCCACCUUUGGGGGUCAGAAGCUCUCGGGGCACUCAGAGGCGAGGUGCAGGCACUGACCCACCUUGGGCCUCCCCAGCCCACCAGCCUGGGCAGCGCAACAUUCUGGGAGGGAUUCUCCCAGCCUGAGAGUCGCCCAAAGUCAGAUGAGGGCUCGGUGUUCCUACUGCACAGAGCUCUGGGGGACGAGGACACCAUCAGGGUAGAGAACCUGGCUGCCAGCCUCCCACUCCCAGAGUACUGUGCCCGCCAUGGGAAACUCAACCUGGCUUCCUACCUCCCUCCCGGCCCUGUCCUGCGUCCACUGGAGCCCCAGCUGUGGGCAGCCUAUGGUGUGAGCCCACAUCGUGGGCACCUGGGGACCAAGAACCUCUGUGUGGAGGUGACCGACCUGGUCAGUGUCCUGGUACAUGCUGAAGCCCCCCUGCCCGCCUGGCGCCGGACACAGAAAGAUUUCCUCUCAGGCCUGGACGGGGAGGGGCUGUGGUCCCCGGGCAGCCAGGUCAGCACCGUGUGGCAUGUGUUCCGGGCACAGGACGCCCAGCGCAUCCGCCGCUUUCUCCAGAUGGUGAGGAGGGAGCCGGGGGCCCCUCCCCUUCCCCUCCCAGCCCCAGGAGCUCUCCCUCUGUGUGUGCCCUGUGUGCUCGCCCCCUCACCUCAGGUGUGCCCCACUGGGGCAGGAAACUUGGAGCCUGGUACCCCUGGCAGGUGCUACCUGGACGCAGGGCUGCGGCGGCGCCUGCGGGAGGAGUGGGGUGUGAGCUGCUGGACCCUGCUGCAGGCCCCCGGAGAAGCCGUGCUGGUGCCCGCGGGGGCUCCCCACCAGGUGCAGGGCCUGGUAAGCACAGUGAGCGUCACUCAGCACUUCAUGUCCCCUGAGACCUCUGCCCUCUCUGCUCAGCUCUGCCACCAGGGGCCCAGCCUGCCCACUGACCACCGCCUGCUUUAUGCCCAGAUGGACUGGGCUGUGUUCCAAGCAGUGAAGGUGGCUGUGGGAACAUUGCAAGAGGCUAAAUAGGGGUGGGAGGUCCCAGGUGUCUGGGGUGGAGGUCAGGGGCAGGCAUGGCUUCAGCAGAGAAUGGCACUGGGGAACUUGGGGACUUUGGAUCAAUUCCGCACUCUGGAUACAAACAGGCACCACGUUCCCUGCCCUUGACCUGAGCCCUGAUGCCAACAACCACAGUGCCACUGAAGCUUACACCUGCCCUUUGCAUACUGGCACUUGCUCUGCCCCUAAGCCCUUCUCCAAGGUAUCAGACCCAGACUGGGGGGUGACUGUCUCCUAACCCCUGCCCCCAACCCAGCAGACAAACAGCCCUUCCCUAGGGGACCUCAGGCAUCAUUCUGGCUUAAGCGACACCUUCUGUUGCUGCUUCACCUCCUGCUGUCUCCUGUGCCUGAGCUCUGCUCAUACCACCCACAUCCUCCUGGGCUCCCAGAGGCCCUUCUCCCUGCAGGUGUGCUAGACAAGGGGUCACUGACAUCCCGCCUUCCUGCCACAGAGCUGUGAAGUGUGGGGAGGGGACGGCCUCAGGUCACCAUCUAGGCUUGGCCGGAGGGCGCGAUAGAUAUGGGUGAGGCCCCAUCCCUGCUCCCUCCUCUGCCUCCUUCCUUCUGGAUUUCCAUUAAAGGCUGUUGUUUUGUGAAUGCUGCCUUGUGGUUGGCCCUGCUCCUGCAGGCCACGUGGACAGGGAGGGAGGGGGACACCUGGAACUGGAGCAGGGUGGGAGGGGACUGAAGCAGUGGUGACAGGGACCUCAGACACCCCUGCCUGCUCCUCUUAGGGUGGGGGAGGGCGCUGUGUCCCUCCCUCCCACAGAGGAGCAAAGGGGGGCUGACCCUGAGGAUGCUCCUGACAGCAGGCAAGGCGGAGGUCUCGGUCACAGCAGCAUGGCAUCUCCCUGUGUGACACUAGAGCCCCAGAAGCCCUAACUCACCUUGCAAACUUCAGGCCAGACAUCUCUCCUGUCUGAACUGGAGCUCUGGGAGUCUGGCCCCAGAAAGCCCCUGACCAGCCUUUUGCCGUCGGUGCCCAUGGCCAGCCCCAUGCCCACUGGCUGGUGCUGGAGACAGUUGACAGUCCCUCCCCACCCCUAGGGCCCUCUGGUGUGGCUCCACCCCUCCCCUCUUCCUUGUAUUUCUCACCCCCAACACGC